CCCAGCCCAGCUGCCCUCUGGACCCCGCGGGCUCCAGCCAAGGCCCCUUCCUGAGUUCCGCAGGCGCAACCCGGGGGCUGCCGGGCGGAGGGGUCCCGGGGCGGUGCCAGGGCGCAAUCCAGGAGGGCGGCCGGGAGGAGGAGGCGCGCGCGGCCAUGCACACCGUGGCUAUGUCGGGGCCCAACGCCUCCUGGGGGGCGCCGGCCAACGCCUCGGGCUGCCCGGGCUGCGCCGCCAACGCCUCGGACGGCCCGGUCCCUGCGCCGCGGGCAGUGGACGCCUGGCUUGUGCCGCUCUUCUUUGCGGCGCUGAUGCUGCUGGGCCUGGUGGGGAACUCGCUGGUCAUCUACGUCAUCUGCCGCCACAAGCCGAUGCGGACCGUGACCAACUUCUACAUCGCCAACCUGGCGGCCACAGACGUGACCUUCCUCCUGUGCUGCGUCCCCUUCACGGCGCUGCUGUACCCGCUGCCUGCCUGGGUGCUCGGCGAUUUCAUGUGCAAGUUCGUCAACUACAUCCAGCAGGUCUCGGUGCAGGCCACGUGCGCCACUCUGACCGCCAUGAGCGUGGACCGCUGGUACGUGACGGUGUUCCCGUUGCGCGCCUUGCACCGCCGCACGCCCCGGCUGGCGCUGGCUGUCAGCCUCAGCAUCUGGGUAGGCUCUGCGGCGGUGUCUGCGCCGGUGCUCACCCUGCACCGCCUGUCACCGGGGCCUCGCGCCUACUGCAGCGAGGCCUUCCCCAGCCGCGCCCUGGAGCGCGCCUUCGCGUUGUACAACCUGCUGGCGCUGUACCUGCUGCCGCUGCUCGCCACCUGCGCCUGCUAUGGGGCCAUGCUGCGCCACCUGGGCCGGGUCGCCGUGCGCCCCGCGCCCGCCGAUAGCGCCCUGCAGGGGCAGGUGCUGGCCGAGCGCGCGGGCGCCAUGCGGGCCAAGGUCUCGCGGUUGGUGGCGGCAGUGGUCCUGCUCUUCGCCGCCUGCUGGGGCCCCAUCCAGCUGUUCCUGGUGCUGCAGGCGCUGGGCCCCGCCGGCUCCUGGCACCCGCGCAGCUACGCCGCCUACGCGCUUAAGACCUGGGCUCACUGCAUGUCCUACAGCAACUCCGCGCUGAACCCGCUGCUCUACGCCUUCCUGGGCUCACACUUCCGACAGGCCUUCCGCCGCGUCUGCCCCUGCGCGCCGCGCCGCCCCCGCCACCCCCGCCGGCCCGGACCCUCCGACCCCGCCGCCACGCACGCGGAGCUGCACCGCCUGGGGUCCCACCCGGCCCCUGCCAGGGCGCAGAAGCCAGGGAGCAGUGGGCUGGCCGCGCGCGGGCUGUGCGUCCUGGGGGAGGACACUACCCCUCUCUGAGCGAACCCGGUGGGAAUCCGAGCGGCUCCCUUCGGAGCGGGGACUACUGGAACAGCGGCUAUUCUUCUGUUAUUAAUGUUUUUCUUACUGUCCGAGAUCAACCGUGCAAAUGUUUUGGUCUCUUGUGACGUUCAGUGCAGUUUUGUUGUGAUGUUUGCUAUUGAUAUUGAAAUGAUAAUUUCUGUGUUUCCUGAAAUUAAACGUGUCAACACAGGACUUUCUGGAUCAUUCCAGAAAGUGUCAGACGUUUUCUCAUUGUUUUGUA